CGUUCAUAUGGUUGCAUCAUAAAAACCUAAUUACUGAAUGGAAAACAAUCAAUAGUGCGCAUACAACCCCUGCUGCAAUCGCCACUCGAACAGGACUCGCAUAGGAAAACUAGAGGCGAACCCACAGGUACUUCACACAAAUCACAAAGCGGCAAUAAUGGCAGCGCCAUAAAAGACCGGCCAUGGAUGUGGUAGAAUAUGGCUGGAUGGAUGUCCAUGUCCCCGUCGCUGUCUUCAUUAACAACUGUCGCAGAGAUUCUCUCCGCCUGCUGGAGGAGGGUAGCAAAAGGACUCUGGAAGAGAGACAGAGAGCAGGCAGGUAGCGAGUCCUGCGGAAAAAGGCCAUAAAAACCCAAAGAGUUGAGAAUGAGCGACGGCUGCUGCGUUCGUUGCUCAAUGAAUUUUCGCAAUGGCAGCCUGCCGAAGGAUCGAAGGACUCUCCAGGACGGCAGAGUAAAAGAGAGGAUGCGAGAGAGAGCAAGAAGAGCGUUAGAAGCAACCCUCACCCGAAUUUCGACCAAUGAACGUGGCGUUUCGCUACCUAAGGGUGAUCGACUGCUCGAUGAAUGGACUUUGCUGGCGAGGACUAUUAAAACGCCGCCGGUCCUCACAGCAGACAACACAACCCAUCGUGAUCUCAGCGAGUCCACAUCGGAGUAACCAAGGAUAUAUCGAAUAUAUCAAACAUACCAAAAACCGAACACUUAAUUAAACCCAUUUUUAAACAAAAACAUUCGUGCUUAGUGCCAAGUGUCCAAAGUGAAAACCGAAAAUUGUGCAAACACCCCAAAGUUUUUAAAAAAUCGCCAAAAUUACGCCCCACAUCGGUAUGCAGUCGUCGGAGGGUUCGCCAGAUAUGAUGGAUCAGAAAUACAACAGCGUGCGCCUUUCGCCAGCGGCAUCAAGUCGCAUCCUAUACCAUGUGCCUUGCAAAGUUUGCAGAGAUCACAGCUCCGGCAAACACUAUGGCAUCUAUGCCUGCGAUGGCUGUGCUGGAUUUUUCAAGAGGAGCAUUCGCCGAUCCCGCCAAUACGUGUGCAAGUCCCAGAAGCAAGGACUCUGCGUGGUGGACAAGACGCACAGAAAUCAAUGCCGUGCCUGCCGAUUAAGGAAAUGCUUCGAGGUGGGCAUGAACAAGGACGCCGUGCAGCAUGAACGGGGACCCAGGAACUCCACCUUGCGUCGCCAUAUGGCCAUGUACAAGGAUGCCAUGAUGGGUGCCGGCGAGAUGCCCCAAAUACCCGCUGAAAUCCUCAUGAACACGGCUGCCUUGUCCGGUUUUCCGGGAGUGCCUAUGCCCAUGCCUGGUCUGCCCCAGAGACCCCAUCAUCCGGGACAUAUGGCCGGCUUCCAGCCUCCACCAUCGGCUGCGGCUGUCUUGGAUUUGUCUGUGCCACGAGUGCCCCACCAUCCAGUGCAUCAGGGUCACCACGGCUUCUUCUCGCCCACCGCCGCCUACAUGAAUGCCCUGGCCACUCGGGCCCUGCCUCCAACUCCUCCUUUGAUGGCUGCUGAACAUAUCAAGGAGACCGCGGCGGAGCAUCUCUUCAAGAACGUCAACUGGAUCAAGAGUGUGAGGGCCUUCACCGAGCUGCCCAUGCCGGAUCAGCUGCUUCUGCUGGAGGAGUCCUGGAAGGAGUUCUUCAUCCUGGCCAUGGCCCAGUACCUGAUGCCCAUGAAUUUCGCCCAGCUGCUGUUUGUCUACGAGUCGGAGAAUGCCAAUCGCGAGAUCAUGGGCAUGGUGACCCGCGAGGUGCAUGCCUUCCAGGAUGUCCUCAAUCAAUUGUGCCACCUGAACAUCGAUAGCACGGAGUACGAGUGUCUGCGGGCCAUCUCUUUGUUCCGCAAAUCCCCGCCGGCAGCCAGUUCCACAGAGGAUUUGGCCAACAGUUCGAUACUGACCGGCAGUGGCAGUCCCAACUCCUCCGCUUCGGCAGAAUCGAAGGGUCUGCUGGAGUCCGGCAAGGUGGCGGCCAUGCAUAAUGAGGCCAGGAGUGCGCUGCAUAACUACAUCCAGAGGACACAUCCCGCCCAGCCUCUGCGAUUCCAGACUCUCUUGGGCGUGGUCCAACUGAUGCACAAGGUCUCCAGCUUCACCAUCGAGGAGCUGUUCUUCCGGAAGACCAUCGGCGAUAUCACCAUCGUGCGACUGAUCUCCGACAUGUACAGCCAGCGCAAGAUCUGAAAGAAAACAUAAAGCCUAGAUUAACAACGCCGCACUCGAAGUGCCUUCCAAGUGCUGGGAACUGUGAUAAUCUUGGAAAAAGCGCUGUGGACAAUAUUCAAUCGGUGAACGCGCUUAAACAUCUCCAGGAGUCGAGCCUUAAAACACACACAACACUCACCUUAAUUACCUUAACCCAACUCGCAACUAAUCUUAGUUAACGUCUCUUAGACCAUCCAGAUGUGUUUCAAAUUGCAUUCGCAAAAGUUUCAACUUUGCCUGUUAAAUACGUCAAUCGUAGCUUAGUUAAAAACAUUUUAGUUAUAAGUGCAUAUCAUUAGCUUUAAGAUUUUGAACAAUUUUAUUAAAAA